AUGACCACUUCACCAAAUUCUAUCAAAUUAUUGGCUGGAAAUUCACAUCCUGAAUUAGCUGAAAAGAUAUCAAAAAAACUUGGUGUGCCCUUGAGUAAAAUUGGUGUUUAUCAAUACUCAAAUCAAGAAACUUCAGUAACUAUUGGUGAAUCAGUCCGAGAUGAAGAUGUUUAUAUUAUUCAAACAGGUUGUGGAGAAGAUGAAGUUAAUGAUUUCUUGAUGGAAUUACUUAUAAUGAUUAAUGCUUGUAAAACAGCAUCAGCUCGUCGUAUCACUGCUGUGAUACCAAAUUUCCCAUACGCUAGACAAGAUAAAAAGGAUAAAUCUCGUGCUCCAAUCACUGCUAAAUUAAUUGCAAAUUUACUUCAAACUGCAGGUUGUCAUCAUGUCAUAACAAUGGAUUUACAUGCUUCACAAAUCCAAGGGUUUUUCCGUAUCCCAGUUGAUAAUUUAUAUGCUGAACCAUCAGUAUUGAGAUAUAUCAAAGAGGAAAUAGAUUAUAAAAAUGCUAUUUUAGUCUCACCAGAUGCUGGUGGUGCUAAACGUGUUGCUUCAAUCGCUGAUAAAUUAGACUUACAAUUUGCUUUAAUUCAUAAAGAACGUCAAAAGGCAAAUGAAGUUUCAAGAAUGGUGUUGGUUGGUGAUGUUAAAGAUAAAAUUUGUGUUUUGAUUGAUGAUAUGGCUGAUACUUGUGGUACUUUAGUUAAAGCUGCUGAUACUUUAUUGCAAAAUCAAGCUAAAGAAGUUAUUUCAAUUGUUACUCAUGGUAUUUUCAGUGGGAAUGCUGAAUCAAAGUUAGCAAAUUCCAAAAUUUCAAGAAUUGUUUGUACAAAUACUGUUCCAUUAACUAUUGAAAAUGAUAGAUUGGCUCAUAUUGAUAUAAGUCCAACUUUAGCUGAAGCUAUUCGUCGUUUACAUAAUGGUGAGAGUAUUUCAUAUUUAUUCACAAACGCACCACCUGUAUAA